AGCAGAGCCGCGGGCAGAGCCGGCAGCGAGGCCCGGCUGGUGGCUGCGCUGCGGGGGACGUUUCUCCGCUCGCCAUGGCCGCUCCCGCGGGGCGCAGAGCCCCCCUGGCGCUGGGGCUGGCCGGGCUGGUCUUCGCCCUGUGCGGCCUUGUCCUGCUCUUCGUCCUGCCCAGCAUGGUCCGGGACCAGGUCAUCAAGAACGUGAGGAUCGAUCCCAAUAGCAUCGCCUUCGGCAUGUGGAAAGACGUUCCUGUUCCUUUUUACCUGUCAGCCUACUUCUUUGAGGUGCUGAAUCCAAAAGAGAUUCGUCUAGGAGCCAAGCCAGUGGUGAAUCAGCGUGGGCCCUAUGUUUACAGAGAAUACAGGUAUAAAACCAACAUAACUUUCCAUGACAAUGGUACAGUUUCCUUCCUGGAAUACCGGAGAUUUUUCUUCCGGCCAGACCUGUCUGAUGGGAUGGAAGAGGAUUACAUUGUUGUGCCAAACAUCCUUGUGAUGGGCGCAGCCAUUAUGAUGGAGAAGCUACCUCACUUUUUGAAGGUGUUAAUAAGUGGUGCCCUGGCUGGCUUGGGACAGGACGCUUUCAUGAACCGAACUGUGGGAGAGAUCUUGUGGGGCUAUGACGACCCGCUUAUAGACGUGCUGAACAAUUUUGUGCCCGGUUUGAUCCCUUUCAAGGGGAAGUUUGGCUUAUUUAUAGAUUUUAACAACUCGAAUACAGGACUGUUCACUGUGUAUACUGGGGCCACAGACAUCAAUCAGAUCCACAUAGUGGAUACAUGGAAUGGAUUAAAAAAGGUGAAUUACUGGCGCUCCAAUGAGUGUAACAUGAUCAAUGGGACUUCUGGAGAGAUGUGGCCUCCUUUCAUGACCCCUUCCUCUUCUCUAGAGUUUUAUAGUCCUGAUGCCUGUCGAUCCAUGAAGCUAGUGUAUGAGCAGUCUGGAGUAUUUAAAGGGGUGCCGACCUAUCGCUUUGUGGCUCCGAAGACUUUAUUUGCUAACGGAACAGAUUAUCCACCAAACGAAGGCUUCUGCCCCUGCAGGGAAUCUGGAAUCCAGAAUGUCAGCACCUGUAGAAUGAAUGCACCAGUGUUCAUAUCCCACCCACACUUCUACAAUGCUGACCCUGUCUUGGUGGAAGCUGUCGAUGGAUUACAUCCCAAUAAGGAGCAGCAUGGGCUCUUCCUUGACGUUCAUCCGGUCACGGGAAUUCCAAUGAACUGCUCCAUCAAGCUGCAACUGAGUCUGUAUAUAAAGAAGGUCUCUGGCAUAAGUCAAACAGGACAGAUCAAGCCGGUUGUCUUGCCUAUACUUUGGUUUGCAGAGAGCGGGGCCAUUGAAGGUUCAGUCUUAAAGCAGUUCUACACCAACCUGGUACUGAUCCCAUCUGUGCUGGAGUAUGUGCAAUAUAUCUGCAUCGGUCUGGGUGUCGCUUUGAUUGUUGCUGCCAUUGUACUGGAGGUAAAGAGACAGAGAAACGCCCGAGAGAAGAGCCCACGAGAGCCAGACCCACAGACUGAACCAUCUUUGUCUUCAGAAACAACACCACUCCUUCAAGACGCUAGUAAAACAAACCGGAACGAUGCUGCUGAAGCCUGAAGUGCCAGUCUUACAGGAGGGGGAUUCCCACUGGUACCUGUGACAGUGCUUAGGGAUCAGACUCACUCUGGGUCCAUUGGCAGGAUCCUAGAAGGAAGAUGCAGAGUUGGGUAAAAUAACUGAUUCUGAACAAUCUUGAGCAAGGCACAAAAUACUCUCCAAGGCUAUUGAACUGUAUUGCCACAGCUCAUACUUCCUGCACCAAGACAUGAGAUGAGGCUAAAACCAGUUCAGUCCUAGCUUUUGAAAUACAAAAUAUUCAACAUUGGCUGGCAU